UCCCACAAUGCUCAGCGAGCAUCACCACCAAGAUGGCCGACGUCAUGGAGGAGUAUGAAAAAGAAGCUGGCUGCGUCCCUAUUCUCCAUCCAGAGGAAAUCAAACCCCAAAGUCACUACAACCACGGCUACACUGAAAAUGUCACCCGCAAAAAUCACGUGGACGACUACAGCACCUGGGACAUCGUUAAAGCCACACAGUACGGCAUCUUUGAGCGAUGCAGGGAGCUGGUAGAGGCUGGAUUCGAUGUCCGGCAGCCAGACAAGGAAAACGUAACACUCCUCCACUGGGCUGCCAUCAACAACAGGAUAGACCUGGUCAAGUACUAUAUAUCAAAAGGGGCCAUAGUGGACCAGCUCGGAGGAGACCUCAACUCCACACCCUUGCACUGGGCCACCAGACAAGGCCAUCUAUCCAUGGUGGUGCAGCUUAUGAAAUAUGGUGCCGACCCCUCUUUGAUUGAUGGCGAGGGAUGCAGCUGUGUUCACCUAGCCGCCCAAUUUGGCCACACCUCAAUUGUUGCCUACCUUAUUGCCAAGGGACAGGAUGUUGACAUGAUGGAUCAGAAUGGCAUGACUCCUCUUAUGUGGGCAGCCUAUAGGACACACAGCGUGGACCCCACCCGGCUGCUACUGACCUUCAACGUGUCCGUGAACCUGGGUGACAAAUAUCACAAGAAUACGGCGCUACACUGGGCUGUACUGGCAGGGAACACGACUGUCAUCAGCCUCCUGCUGGAUGCCAACGCAAACGUCGAUGCACAGAACAUCAAGGGUGAAACUCCGCUUGACCUUGCCAAGCAAAGGAAGAAUGUUUGGAUGAUAAAUCACUUACAGGAAGCGAGACAAGCAAAAGGUUACGACAGCCCGUCCUACUUGAAGAGACUCAAGAUGGACAAGGAGUUCAGACAGAAAGUGAUGCUGGGAACGCCCUUCGUGGUCAUCUGGCUGGUGGGUUUCAUUGCCGAUUUGGACAUCGACUCCUGGCUUAUCAAGGGUGUCAUGUACGCUGGCGUUUGGGUGGCCGUGCAGUUCCUCUCCAAGGCUUUCUUCGACCACUCCAUGCACAGUGCUCUGCCGCUGGGAAUCUACUUGGCCACCAAGUUUUGGAUGUACACAACGUGGUUCUAUUGGUUCUGGAAUGAUCUUCCCUUUGCCACGGUGCAUAUGCCCUUCCUCAUAAACACUCUGGCUCUGUUCUACAACUUCGGCAAAUCAUGGAAAUCUGAUCCAGGGAUCAUCAAAGCCUCGGAGGAGCAGAAGAAAAAGACUAUUGUGGAACUCGCAGAGACAGGCAGCUUGGAUCUAAGCAUCUUCUGCAGCACCUGCUUGAUACGGAAGCCAAUCAGGUCCAAACAUUGCGCCGUGUGCAACCGUUGCAUCGCCAAGUUCGACCACCACUGCCCCUGGGUGGGGAACUGCGUGGGAAGUGGGAACCAUCGCUACUUCAUGGGUUACCUGUUCUUCCUGCUGUGCAUGAUCUGCUGGAUGAUAUACGGCUGCAUCUCCUAUUGGAGAAUCCACUGUGCCACCACGUACGCCAAGGACGGCUUCUGGCUCUACCUGGCCCAGAUCGCCUCAUGCUCCCCGUGGAUGUUCUGGAUGUUCCUCAACAGCAUCUUCCACUUUAUGUGGGUGGCCGUGCUCAUUAUGUGCCAGCUUUAUCAGAUUGCCGCUUUAGGAAUCACCACCAAUGAGAGGAUGAACGCUCGGCGGUACAAGCACUUUAAAGUCACAGCCACGUCCAUCGAAAGCCCCUUCAACCACGGUUGCAUCCGAAACCUCAUCGAUUUCUUUGAGAUCCGCUGCUGCGGUUUGAUCCGUCCCGUGGCGGUGGACUGGACCACGCAGUACACAAUAGACUACGACCAGACGUCGGGCUCGGGAUACCAGUUGGUGUAAAAGACGACUCGAAGGAGGAAAAAAAGUGGAGGGGGGGGCAAGGAAGUCAUAAAGUCACCUCCUUCCGGGACAGCUUUGGCACCAUCUCCUCCCUGACAACCAUCAGCCAGGAUCAGCAUGCGGUUACCUCCUCGUCACCACCAACACGACAACGGACGGCGUGUCGCUGCUGGCCACAACAGGAAAGCCCCCUUGCAAAAUAAAAGCAUCUUUGGUACUAUUAGAGACAUGAUGCUGCCCCCUUUCCCUUUUUUAUUUUUAUCAUGCGGCAACCAUGAUUUUUUUUUUAACAAAUAAGGGAAUGUCUUUAUUUUGCACUGCCAUGACGGGGAGGGGGUGGUCAAGCUCGGUGGCAGUCCCUCACAUUUGGACCUGCAACCGUCGUCUUUUUUUUUUUAGAGGGUGCAAAUGCAGCAGACAGACUUCAUGGGGACUCGUCUGGUGGCACAGAAAUAUUUAUUUGAUAUUUAUGGCUCAUCAUCCUUUUAGCGGGGGUAGGGUUUUUUUUUAUAAGAAGACAUAUUAAAGUAGUAGUGUAUUUAUGAUUACUGUAUUAUUAACCAUACGAAGAGUUCACAAAAGGUUAAUUCCAUGUGUUUUUGUCUGCCUACAUCAUUGCACUGAUUUGUUUUGACUGUUUUUGGCUGUUUGCAUUGUUUACAGAAAGAAAGCCUAUCACACACUCCCAGUGCAGUGUAAAGAAUGUGCAUCUGUACAUAAUAUGGAACUGUUUUUUUUUUUUUGUCAGUGUUGGUAUCCUUUUUUUGGACUAAAAGUAGCUUUUAGUGAUGUCCAACACUGGUGUCUAUAGGCAACUUCCCACCACUGCAUGUAUGAUGCUCAACCCAAUGUAUAGACUCAAUGUUAUUAAGUAUUUGCAAGUCCUUUUUUGCAUCAUAUCUCAAAUCCAGUGUCAGUGCAAGUGUGUAAUAUAUUCCAUGCUUGUGGACUCUUUAUUUUAAAUGUCAUAUAUACAGUAUAUGUAUAUAUAUAGGUAUAUAUAUACUGUAUAAAGCUGGGUUUGUUAUACCACUGGAUGUACAAAUUGUAAAGCAAAGACCUUUUUUUGUUUUUUUUAAAGCAGAAAUGUGAACAUACAAUAGGUUUUCAAUUGCCUCAUCAUCAAAUCAUGCAGCUUUCGAGGUCCAAACAUUUCAUUCCCUCACAAUGUUCUUCCAGCAUCAUCUCCAGUGCCUCCUCACACCAUCACUUUAACUCCGCUUCAGAUGUAAAACAUAACGGGCAUGGUUCAGUUUUAAUGGCUUUCAUAAUAAAAUACAGUCAAACGUCAGCUUUUGUUGUUGUUGAGAGGAUGCAACGUUUUAUUUGUGCAGUUAGAAGUAUUGAAGGGGGGGAAAAAAAGUGAGAGUGUGACGUCACUGGGCGUGAACCAGGGCACCUGCUCCUUGGCCAUACCCAAAUCCUUUAGGUCCAAAGUUCUUGGCGUAGCAAGCUGUGGAGAAAAAUAGGAAAUAUAUCUUUAAUACAUAAUGGUCACUACAUUUGGUACACAUUCACCCUCUAAGCGUAAUUAUGCAGAAUAUGUAUCAAUUACUUACAGAGAUGUGAGGCAGGGCUGGACUAUUAUUAACAUGCAAAUGAUCCCACAAACGUUGCAUGUGACUUUAAUUGAAGCUGAUGAACUGUAUGGACAUUUUGUAUUAAUAAAAUUCCAGGAAUGAAAAAGCAAGUUGUAUCCUGGAAAUCCAGUCCAAUUGGACAUACUGCAGAUUCAUGGAACUAAGUUAGCAUUAGGGGCUAAAAAUGUCAGGAGCCAUCUGUCAUCAACAAUUCUCUUAUUUUUAAAUUAUAAUUUUUUAAUACAGUGUAUAUGUGUAAUUAUUACUAUAAAAUUUAAACUAAAUAAUUUUGGUUCAAAUUUCUAUUGUCAUUUUUUAUAGUGAAUUAUCAUUUACUAAUAAAUAUUAAUGUAUAUUAUUUUUGUCUACUAUAGAAUUUAAUGUAUUUGGUAAAUUAAAAAAUUAUAAAAUCACAUUGUUUGAAAAACGCCUUAAAACCUUUUAAAAG